CUGGUUACUCUUUCUGCUGUGAGAAACAUCAACACAGAAACCCGGGAAGAAAGUAAAGUAGACUUUGGAGAAGCGGGUGGGAAUAGUUCUUAAAAUAAGUCUUACAGCUCACCCGGAUUUAUUGUUUCCUGAUAAGGCUGACACAAUGGAUUUAUUUCGCUGGAAAAAGUUGGCAGUUUAGUUUCUCUCUUUUGGCUAACAUCUGUUAGCUAAGCUUAGCCGGCUAACGCUAACGUUAGCAAACAGUUCACUCAACAAAAGUGAAGGAGGGUUCCAGAGAAGGUGGGACUUUCUUCUUAUCAUGACGUCGUAAACGCAAAUGUGGAUAUUUAAACAUACUGGAUCGUUUCCCUAGAGGUGAAUGGGAGAGAUGAGGAGCAGCAAGAGGACUAGUGCAUCUAUUAAAAGCUCUGCUCAGCUGUUGACUGAUCACAAUAUUAGCACAGAACUGAAAACUGCAUGGAAAAGUUUGGAUCAGUCAAAAGCUGCUCUGCGACACAUAGAAAACCGUUUAGAGGCCACACCAGGAACUGGGGUUCUUCUGGAUUCUGUCUCUGACCCACACAAGAAAAAAUUGUCCACAACAGUCCGCAACAAAGAUGGACAAGGUGAUGUUCUUGAAGGGUCUUCAAAACCUACGGGUGGAAAUCAACAGAGUCCAAUGAAAAGAAGCUCACGCAGCCCUUUGAGAAACACCACCCUGGACAGCAAUGUACGGAAAAACAGCUGCGUGGAGUUCAGGGAACCACUGGCCUCAUACAGAGAGUCCACCCCUCCUUCACGUCCCUUCUCUCAGCUGGAGACCUACAAUCUGCAAUCUGUGCCAGGGUCUUCCUACACAUCCUCUCCGUCUCACUCAGAUCCUUCGCCCAGCCAGCUGGUUUACCAGAGAGACAGACAGACAGACAGGAACCUGGACAGCACACAUUCCUCUGCUCUGGAGAGCGCUGAAGUACGCUACCUCAAUGACCAGUCAGCCCUGGAUAUUCUGAAAACAGAGGAAAACGCUCACAAAAUACAACUUGGUAUGGAUGAGUCAAGCUCUUGUGUAGCUCCCACUCCAGGCUCAUCCCGCCAAGGGGAGAGCACUCCUUCUACCAGUCCUGGCUCAGCUUCCCAGAGAUUAGAAAACCUAAAGCGACAUCAGCCGGAUGAUAAACUGGAGAAGCUCAAAGCACGAAUUAGAAGGCAAAGGAAGCAUCUAGAGGAGGCUGCAGAUAGAGAAAAAUUGCAGUGUCUUCUUGAAAAGCCCAUUGCUGAAUUUGUGGAGAGUGACAUUCCUGGUGUCAACAAAAUGCCCACAGCCAAGAUACGUAAAGUAACAUCUGGACCUCCUGCACCUAUAUACAAAGGUUUUAACAGGACGGAGACAAAAAUCAAGACUUCUGAUGGAAAAGUUUGGAAUGAGGAGGACUUCCAUAACUUCAGCAGUGAAAUCUACAGAGACAUGUCGCAUAAUUUUCCUGAGAGCAGCCGAUCAAAGCAUCAGCAGCAAAGAGAACGAGGAGCAGAACGAUCCAGUGAGAAGAGGCCAUCCAAACCAGUUAGGAAAGUUCAUAAAGUUCCUCCUGUCUCUGACCGGAAUUCAAAACCAGUAAUUAGCCCUGCAUCUUGGAAGGAGGGUCAAAAACUAAUAAAGAUGGUAUUGGGUCCGGGUCCUGGGUUUCCCAGAAAGGAGCACAGUUCUCAACCAGCUGGCAGACUGACCCGAACAGAUUCCCGUCAUUGUUCAGAACCAACCAGAAGCUCUCGUCCAAACAGCACUGAGAGGCCUAAAGAGCAACCUAUCAGCAACUCUACAACCACAUACAAGCCGUUGUCUUCAGCUCAGGAAAAGACUCCACUGCGAGUCAACACAGAUCUGCUGUCAGCAGACACUCGGGGGUUAUAUGAUGACCUUCAGCUGGAUUGCGAAGUAGCUGAGAAGGAAGAGAGGGCCCGUAAAAGAUCUCGGGGUGGCAGUGUUAGUAGAAGAGGAAGAGGGGGCUCAGGUUCACGAACAAGGACACCAGUCUCUACUUGGGGAACUACUGCAGCUGCAAAUACCUCCUCAAGAGGUUGCCGAAGUGCUAGCCCAACUACACGCCAAUCUGAUACCAUCAACACUGUUGACAAAGGACACAAGGGGCGUCACUAUGACCCGGAUACAGUUCGACAGUACAUUGUACGGCAACAAGAGGAAAGAAAGAGGCGUCAGGCAGAAGAGAAGAGAGCAAUGAAGGAAGAAGCUGAAAGGAGAAAUCUGAGGCUUCAGGAGCUUUACAAGAAGCAAAAAGAAGUUGCUAAAACUAUACCUCUUUCAGCUGAGGCACUUGUGGCCCCUUUCCAAAAGCGACUACAGGAGACCUACACCAAACUACUACAGGAAGAUACUCAGCUCAAUGAGGAGAUGACAGAGAGACUUUCUGCACCUUCCAUUCAACUGAGGCCAGCGUACCAGCCUUCAGGAGAGUCAGACAAAGAAAACAAGCGACUAGAGGUCCCACAGAGCCCCUCAAGUAGCGAUAAGUCUUUAAAUGAUCUGCCACCACCUCCAUUAUCCAGGAAUGAUCUGGAUGUUGUAAACUCUUUACUUCACCCAGACCGUCUCCAUCCACCUGUACAACCUACCACUGGUCCCAGCUGCAUUACACAAGCACCUUCCAAUGAACAUCUCCUGUCUCAGCUUUUAAGGCUGGAGGCCGCCGUGGCUGCUAGUAAUAUAAAGUACAGUGAACGUCCAGCCACAGCCCCUUACAGCAGGUCACAGACCAAAAUGUCAAGAAUUGAGGCUCUAAAAGCCACAGCUACAUCCCUCUCCAACCGUAUUGAGAGGGAGGCAAGGAAGUUUGCUAUACAGGAGGUCAACUAUGGUGCAGCAACUUCAGUGGAUUUUGAUACUAUAUUGUCUCCUAGAAUUUCUAAUCUUGAUCAAUACUGGACAGAAACAAUUACUAAUGCCACAAAACAUGAGGAUAUGACUCCUAAGAUGCAUGCAGUUCUAACAAGUACAGGUUCAUACAUGGGCACAGCACUCCCAGGAGCAGGCAAUCUGCAUGACCUGAAGGAAAAGAAAGAAAAGAGGGACACUGGUUUCACCAAUCCACAUAAAAUUUCUGUUGAUUUAAAUGUACCAGCCUAUAAAGGUUUCACUCAAGAAAGAAGUAGGAUAGUUGGAGGGUUGGAAAACAACGAGAGAACAGAAAAAGCAGCAUUGAAAACAAAAGCUCACAAGGAAGACAGUGAGGCUAAUCUCCACGAUUCAAGUGCUGGUUCCAUCAGCGAGGGUCCACUUCUAAGUGAAGGAAGUUUUUCUGAGGAUGAAGCAAGCCCUCGUCACUGCUCCGAUAAUCCUGUACCUCUGUCAGAUCGCCUGGAGGCAAAGGACUAUUGUGCAAGUCAAAGAAAAAAUAAACAAAGACUGUUGGACUUCCAGAGGGAGGCAGCAAUGUGCUCACCAUUUUCACCGUUUGACAGCAGCAAAACGCCCUGGGAAGAGUUGAACAAAGGAAGCCCACUAAGUGUAAUCAACAUUUUUACUAAAAAUGCCCAUGGCCAUGUUCAAGUGAGUGAAAGAAAUUCGGAGGUAAAUUCUCCCCCUGCCAAUUCUUCACACUGUGGAAAUAGCCCGGCCAGUGCAGCGGUUUAUGAAGAUGAUUUGGUUUCAUCACAUACCAGCAAGACGAGUGACCAGAGAGGCUCCAACUCACCUAGCUGCUCUCAACAUCUUUCUCCUGGUUCAACACCUGGCUCCUCACCUAUUUCCAGGCACUUGGCUAGAAUAAAAGGAACUACAUCAGACCAGAGUGACACAACUCUUGUUGAAGAACAGAGAAGCUCUCCUUCAGAAGUUCUAUCUUCAAAUGGCAAAAAGAGAAGAUCAGACAAAAGGUCUAGCCCUACCCAGGUCAAAAGUGUGCACUCUGAUUCAUCAGGCGAAGCAUCAGGACAUUCUCCUCAAAGACCAAGAAGGGCUUCUCCGCCUGGCUCUCCAGAGCCUACAUCUCAGGAAACGGAUUCUCUCAGAGACCCUUUUAAAAGUGGCUCUCUUGAUGUAAAUAAUCCAAACAUCAACACCCCAAUUUACAAUGGUGUGGCAGGGUCUAGGUCCACAGGGGAGCUGCAAUAUUCACCUGCUGUUUUGCAACAACGAAUGACAGCAGAGCUCCAGUACCUGGAGUCCAUCGAGGAGUCCUACAAGCAGAUAGGAGACAUAGAGAGACUGAUGGGUGUCUCCAUGGCACAACUGGAGAGUGCAUCGUUGGCUCAAAUGCUUAAAACCAAGCAGCAGCACCAUGAGCGUGAACUUUAUGAGUUGAAGAUCAAGGCUGAAAGAGAAGCUUUCGAAACAAAGCUGCAGUUGGAAGAAAAUAGGCAGAGAGUUGCCAGGGCUCAUAUAGAACUACAGGAAAGCUUGGCAGCAUCACAAAAGGAGUCUUUGGAAGUCCUCCAGGAAUCAACUUCUAAGAUGAUGAGUCAACAGGCUGAAGCAACAAGACACACAGCAGAAGCUGCCCGACACAUUAAAGAGAUGACAGAACUUGCACGGUCCCAGAUAGCAGGAACUUCGAUAAUCCCACCUGUUAACACUGAUUCUGCUUUAAUGGAUCAGCGGAAAGAACACAAGAACUCAAAACCACAAGACAACAAUGCUGACUCUGACAGUGAGGUUUCGAGUCAAAGGACCAGAUCUGAAGAACCCUUAUCUCCAUUACACAGCCCUAGUCUGUCUGACUCACUGUCUUGCAGAAGGCCGAACCUCAGUGUGUCUGUCCCUAGUAGCAGCCUCCACAGCCCAUCCUACAUUUUGUCUGGUCACAGAGAACAACCCAAAAAAGAGGCAUCUUCAGGGAAGCCGAGUAAUGGGAUUGCCAAGGAAAGGCUGGAAAGGGAAGCAGCAAGCAGCUCAAUUGAGGAGGACAUUCCAUCAGCAGCAAAUGGCUCACUCUGCAGUGAAAGUAUCCACUCUGUAGUGGAUGAGAAAGACACUACGUCAGUGGCUACAGAGUAUUCUUUUAAGUUUGAAGAAUCCAUGACAGAGGACGAGAUAGAGGAGCGCUCUUUCCGCUCUCUGCUUCCGUCUGAGGCCCAUCGCCGUGGAACCAUGGAGAAGAAAUUGCACCACAACGUCCAAGCAGAAGAUGAUGGAGCCAUUCAUAAUUCAGCAUUGAUGUCAGAAACAGGGUCACACAGUACUUCUAAGUUCCACAAUGCACAUAUAGCCUUUUCUGGUGGACAAGACAGCUUUUCUCAGUUCACUAUGGAAAUGGUGCGUCAGUACAUGAAGGAUGAGGAGGUUAGACUGCAGCACCAGAGCUCUCUGCUGCAUCUUCGCCAGAAGGCCCUAAAGGAAAAAACCAGAGCAGAGCUAGCCUGGCUUGAGCACCAGAAAAAGAAGUUUCGAGAUAAGGGGGAGGAUGAUAAAAUGCCACCCAUCCGAAAGAAGCAGAGGGGGCUUCUUAUUAAACUACAGCAGGAGCAGGCUGAGAUCAAGCGUCUCCAGGAAGCCAACAAAGCGGCUAGAAAAGAAAGACAGUUGUUGCUGAAACAGCAGGAGGAAAUUGAACGGAUGAGAAACUCAACACUCAGACUGAAGGAGCGUCUCAAAUGUGCUGGGGGACAAACUCCACCUGAGACUCCUGUGUCAGAACUGACAGGGUCUGAACCUGCCUCCCCUAACAACUUAAGGCUUGAAGCUGAAAUGCGCAGCCCUUCUCCCUCGCUGUCCAUCUCCGGAAGUGAGACCAGCAGCAUUAUGCAGAAGCUUAAGAAAAUGCGGUCUCACAUGGAUGAAAAACACUGUUCCCCUGUCCACUACUUCUUCUCUGUGUUCACGGCCCACCACUGGGCCUCCCUCAGUGUCUGUCUUCCCAACCUUCACCCUAAAUUCCAGCUCUUUAUCUACAACCAGUUGGUCAGGUUUCUUACUAAGCGUGAGCAGCAGCUGAUGCAAAGACGUCACCAUGCUGAAGAGCUGUUACAGUGGAAACAACGGCUGGACCAGGAGGAGGCAGAGGUCCGUAGGAUGGAGAAAGAAGCCUUGGCUGUGUGGGAACAAAAGAGAGCUCAAGAUGAGCAUCAAGAAACGUCUGAGAGUCAAGGGAGGGAUAUCUCUGAAAUUGGCUCACACACAAGUCAACACCAGAGCUUUGGGGCCUAUUCUGACAGUGAGAAAGAUCAUGUGAGUGAGUGCAGCAGUUCCUCGGUGACAUCCAAGUCUACCAUCCACACAGAGGGACCAGGUUCUCAGCAUGUGGAAAGUCCUUCAGCCAAACCUGAUUCAGUUUCUGAAACGCCUUUGUCCCCAGUCCAAAGCUGUCCUGCAAACUACACCCAGGACUUCUCCUCAGAGUCACAGCCACCCAGCAGUAAGCCUUCUCUCCUCAAAGCCAGCCACAGCCCUGCUGCUUCUCUCGCUGAGGGCAGCAAUAAAACAAAGAUGCAACUUCAUUCUGCCUCCCGGACACAAAGUGAAGUUAUCACUCAGCUUCUUGACUCCCCCACAGCCACCCAGUCUGAAAACAUCUCAGACCAGAGUAACAUCGAAAGUCGGAUCAAGGCACUUAAGGAGGAGCUAAGAAAACGAAAGCUUAUGGCCUACCAGCUGAAAAAAGAGCAGAAGAAGCGUCACAAGGAGCGUCUGAAAGCACAGGAGGCGAGCCUGUUAAAACAACUUCAGAACUGUAACAACUUCAUUGAGAAAACAAAGGCUGAACUGAAUAAAGAGUUGGGCUCGGUCUCUGAUACCAGUUCACAAAUCAAUGUUUCCAACUCUAUUUUGGAGCAGUCAUCUAUCAAACCUCCUCCACACAGGUCUGAAACCAGAAAGAGUUCUGACUCUGACCAGACACUAAUUGAUGCAUCAUUCAAUCGCAAUGUCUCCCAUCAGGCUAAGCACAGCACAUCUUCUGAAGCUUUGCCUGAAGACUUGUUUUGUAAAGAGGAGCCUUCUACUCCAGGGGUGUCUGUUCAUAGCAGACCAGAGAAUGGUCCGCUUGAACAGAAGAUGCAUGAUGCAGAGUCUCCUUUAAGACCUUCAUCUAAGGCAGAGUCUGAACCGAAAAAUGUGACUGACCUUAGAGCUAAUAUUGAGGAAGAGCUGGAAGUGGAAGUAAGCUCCAAGUCUGAAGAUGAACAUUCUCGCCAUCUUCUUAAACUUGAAAAGGAACACAGUCUUAACUCCCAGGCGAGUUUAUCUUCGACUAAACAUGUUUCCUCUGUCCUGGAUGAAGAACUUCAGCAUUCUUUAUCUGUUAGGCCUGAACAGGAUACACAAGCAAAACACAGCUUAUUAUCUGAAGUGGAGGAAGCUGUUUUGGCAAAUAGUAUCACCUCUGGUGAGCCUCAUUCAUCUGCUGUGGACCUGGAUACUUUUCCACAUGGGAAGUACUCGUCUGUCAAUGACCACACUCACUCCCCUGACUCAGCAGCCCUCUUUUCAAAUAAGAAGACAAAAGACAAAGACAGUGAAACUUCUCCUAUAGCAGAUGGUUAUUAUGAUGACUUUGAGUCAACAUGUUCUUCUCCCAGAGAAGAGAAUAAAUUCAAGCCUGAGUCUCAAAUCUCUUUCUCACAUACUUCAAUCAAGUUUUCCAAUAAGGAUUCCUCAAGCAGAGAGCCCACAUGUGACAACCAAGAAGAGGUGGUAGAGGAGGAAAUAGAGGAGGAGUUGAGCAGACAAUCUGGUGUAAGUGAUAAAAGCCACUUGUCUGAAAGACUGCUUGAUCUCAACCAACAAAGGGAAGAUGUAAAACAUGAUAAUAAGGGCACUUACUCUUCUCUGCAAACCUCUCCUCCUCCUGUGAAAGACGAAAUGCCAAGUUUUGACAUUGGAAGCCGAGUUCUUGUUGGAGGUGUUCAGCCUGGCACGCUUAGGUUUAAAGGUCCAACCAGUUUUGCCAAUGGCUUCUGGGCAGGUGUGGAGUUAGACAAGUCUGAGGGGAGCAAUAACGGCACAUAUGAUGGGGUUGUAUAUUUUAAGUGUGAGGAGUGCCAUGGUAUCUUCGCUCCUCCAGACAAAAUCGCACAUCUCCCAGGCAAGUAUGAACAUUAUGCUGAUACCACAGAAGAUGAGGACUCAUUCCAUGAUGAUUUGUUCGAUAAAUGUGGGAAUAAACAAAAAAAUAUUCAAGAUAAUUCCCCAAAACAAGGAGACCUGGAAAGCAAAAAUGAGGACGCGUUUCUAAAAGAGGAUAGAUCUAGAGAUACAAAGGUUGUGGAUGAGAAGAAUCAGGCUCUGCAUGAAUAUAAAUCCUAUUUAAAUUCACAGCAUCAUAAAGAGUCCACACUUCUGAUUUCUGAAGGCCACACAGAAGACAUCGCUUUAGAUUUAGAAGAUGCAUCACACACUUUCCUCAUUUUAGAUGGGGAGAAUAGUGGGCUGGUGAAGCAGACCAACAAGGAGACAACAGCUAUCAUUGUGAGAAAUGAUGAAGAUUUCCAGAAACAGUCGAGUGCUGCUGAUCUUUCCACAGACAUCAAGGAUGAUAAGAGUAAACCAAAGGACAGGGAUUUGCUGGACACACUUGCAGACACACUUAUCAAGAACUUUGUGAAAGACACUGUUGAGCAGUUUGCUGAUAUAAAAAAGGUCAAAGCGGAGAAGAUUAAAACUGCCCACCAGUUGAAUGGAGGCUUCUUCAGUGAAAAUAAUGAAGAAAACUGGAUCUCUUCAAUAGAGCAAAAAGAUGGCCUACCCUUCUUUCUUCCUUCUGAAAAAGAAGAGCUGUCCUCUCCAGAACUGUGUAACAGACCAGAGAGUCCUAUGUUGGGAGCCAGUGGUCAAGAAGAACUUGCCAAACGUCUUGCGGAGCUCGAACUGAGCCGUGAGCUGGUAGACGAGUUCGGUGAUGAUCAGGACUGGUUUGAUGAAGACUUUGGCCUCAGCUCACGUAGAAAACAACAGAGAAUCAAGCAGAAAGAAGAGGAGGCAAAGUUGGAAAGUGAUCUUGGAAGGUCUGCCUCAUCAUCUGGACCACAUAUGGGGGGGAUAAUUUCAUCAUUAGGAGGGGAACCGCAGGUGAAAACUCCACCUAGACCUGAGCUCCCCCUCCCAUUACCUCCUAAACUUCCUGAGCAGCCUGCCAUGGUCGUGCCCCACUCAGCCAAAGAGGUGAAGAAAAUGGUCUACGCUGCCACACAGGAGAUCUGGGAGACCUGCGACCUGGGGAGGGAGGGAGCUCUGGCUCUUGAACACCUGCCAAACCCUACACCUUCACUAGAAUAUUUCUAUAAAGAGUCCAGCAGUCAAGACCAGGAGGCCAUCUCCAUUCGCAGUUACAGAAAGGCUGUGUAUGACUUAACAUGGGAGAUACUUCAGGAGAUCUAUACUGAAGACCUCGAUACCGAUCAACCUCAGUGGGUCAAACCACGUCAAGUCAAAUCCUCCUCAGUCCACAAAGUCAAGACGUCUGGAGAUCUCAACAAAAUUCAGGAGUUUGUCACAGCAGAAGUGCUGAAACUGUACGAUCUGGCAGAAGAUCAGAACCAGAAGUCAGACUGGCAGAAGAUGCUCAAGUUUGGCAGAAAGAAGCGGGACAGAGUUGAUCACAUUCUGGUUCAGGAGCUCCACGAGGAGGAGGCCCAGUGGGUAAACUAUGAUGAAGACGAGCUGUUCGUCAAGCUGCAGCUGGCCGACAGCAUCUUCGACGCUUUACUGAAGGACACUGCGAAUGCCUUCACACUCAUUUCUGAAAAGAGAGCCGAACAAGACCUGCUCUCCUGACGGCGUAUAUGUUAAAGUACAGCUUCUUCUUCAAUCCCCGUCUUUCCUCAUCGCUGUGAAAUCCAAACAACCACAUGCACCUCUGCUCUCCACCCGCAUAUUUUCCAUCAGCAACCCUCCGAGGCCUUCACGUCAAGUUUUCUCACCUGAACGAGCUGUAACGCUGUUUGUAGCAUUCAUUU